GACACACACACACACUCACACGCACCGCAGACACACGCACCCAGACAGGCAGACUCGCACCCCGCCGGUGCCGAGCGCGCCGUGCCACCGCCGCCGGGAGGAAAUGGGAAGCCAGUGAGCGGAUCCGUGCCGGUGCCGGCGCCCGCGAUGACCCUGGUGCUGCCCAUGCAGCGGCUGGGCCGCCCCAUCGCCGCCGAGGGAGCCGCCGACCUCGCCGCCUACCGCGCCCUCUGGGAGCCGCCCUGCUGCGGCCGCCCCGGCCCCGCCGCCCCGCCGGCCCCGGCCCCAGCCCCAGCGGCCCCCGGGCCCCCCGCCGCAGGAUCACAUUACAGGGGAAUUUCAAAUCCUGUAACAACAUCCAAGAUCACAUACUUUAAAAGGAAAUAUGUGGAAGAAGAGGAUUUUCAUCCGCCACUCAGCAGCUGUACACAUAAAACAAUCUCCGUGUUUGAGGAGCGGGCCCAUAUUCUCUACAUGUCUUUGGAAAAGCUAAAAUUCAUUGAUGAUCCUGAAGUCUACCUGCGCAGAUCCGUCCUCAUCAACAAUCUCAUGAAGAGAAUCCACGGAGAGAUCAUCAUGCAGAACAACUGGUGCUUCUCCACCUGCUCCUUCAGUGGCACCUCCCCACAAGAGUGGUUUGUGCCUCAGGACUGUCCAUACAGGAAACGCCUUCGGAUGGCAAAGGAGGAGUACGAGAAGCUCCACAUGUGCUGCUUCUAUCAAGAAUGUGGCAGUCACUAUUUAAACCUACCCUACUCUGUUAAUGCUAGUACAGAAAGUAAUUCCUCUUCUUCUUCUUCCUCCUCCUCCUCCUCCCCCCCUCCUCCCAUCUCUUUGCCAAGCUGUUCCCAGCAGGUGGAUUAUGAAGUUGGCAGCGCACCUUCUUACAGAAAUGAUGACCAGAUACCUGCUAAUGAAAUAUUCAUCACUAAUGGCAGGUCUCACAGUAAUCAGGAAAAGGCAAAAUUUAAUGACAAGAAUGGAGGUAAUGAACCUGAAAGAGAAAGCAUCGCCCUAAACUGUGAACCUGUAAGAGGCACCCAUGCUCUUGAAUGUAAAGGCAAAUUUUAUGACUGUUUUGAGACUGGAUGUAAUGACAAGAGCAACGUAAGUGAAUCUUGGAAAAAAUCCUUAAGGAAAAAGGAAUCUUUACCAAGUAAUAAAAUCUGCUGCAACAAAGGAAGUAAAAUAUGAGGCAUCUUUCUUGCUCCAUUGAAGCAUGCACAGCAUGUUCCUUCUCUAUCAAAUUUUUAUUUUGAAUGGAUUUUUUAUAGUUUUCUACGAAUGGUACAAUCAUGCCACAAGCGUGACGUGUAGAGUGGAGAGCAGAUUGCAUAAAGUGUCUCUGCCACCCGCAUCAGCAGCUAUUUAUAAACAUGGAGACUUCAGGAAGAACACAGUUGCAUUACUGCUGAGCACUGUAGUCUGUGCAGCUAUGGUGGAGCUUUCGUUGCUGAAAAUGCCAAUCAGCCAGAUGGGGAAAACAUAUCGUUUUACAUAUCCCCGCCCCCAAGAAGUCUGCCAUUAAUUAAGAAGAACCUCCAUCCAUUAUGUUUACCAAGGAAUUAGAAGUCUGGUAAACAAAUUGAUGCUACCAGCAAGGAUGAUAUGCUCCUUGUAACUCAGUAUUCAUUCUGACAAAGGACUGUCUUCAUGGAUUGGGAAUAAACCAUCCUUACCUUUUGUAGUGAUACUCUUGAAUUCCUGUAUUCGGCGUCUUGAUCAACUGACAAAAUAGGACAUAGCAUAAAGAAAUAACCUGUUUAUGGAAUCUUAAUCAGAAUCAAACAUGCAGCUCAAGUACUUGCAUGUUUUCACCUCGGCUGUAAUAACUAAUGAGGUUUGUUGUUACACAGAGCAGGUUUUUUUUUGGUGCCUUACUUUUUGUCUUAAUUUUUGCCAGUGUGAAAAUUAAGUAUGAAUCUGAUACAGCAGGGAUUUAACCUAAACAGAGAUUAAAAAAGAAACCCACAGGGUGGAUCAAUAUUAUUAGAAACCUUUAACCUUUGAAGUACUGAGUUCAACUUCCUAUUCAAACAUCUCUGUUCCUCCUUUUUGAUGCUCAAUUGCUUUUUGAUUUGCCAUCCUUAGGAAGGGAUUUAAGAAACAAUAGAGAGAUGUCUCUUGUAAACAAGCAUUCGAUGCUUGAGUGUUUCUAUGGCAACUGUCUGUUGCUGGGGCUCUUUUUUUUUUCUUCUUCGUAUAAUGAAGUUCAUGACCCAGUGGCAUGUUUUAUACUUUAUUCUGUUUCACAUAAUUUCUCUAUUUUAGAUUGCAAAAGCAUGCGGGAGUUUUCUAUGACUUUUGCCGUUGAUUUAAAAAAAGACAAGAAGGCAAAAAGCACAAUGUUAAUUAAUGAUGUGGCGAUAAACGCAGUUUUAUCUGAAUGAAUGUAAGGGGUUUAAUUUUAAAAAAGAACAUUUUGGAGAUUUCAGUGGCUGAGGACAACAUUUAGCCAUCCCUCGGCAGAUUGAUUGCAAAAGUGUGCUGUGUAAAAUGCCCAGAAGACAUUAGUUGGGGUUGGACCAAGAGUGAGUCUUAGAUUCACCAAAUUAAUUAGUUCCCACAGUCCCCAUAACAACUGGCAGGAUGUGCUCAGCAAAAUAGCCACAUCCAGGCCACAGCUGACUCAUAAAUAGCUGCCUGUUCCCACAGCAUCUUGCACUCAAGUGACAUCUCCGCUUGCUUCUUGCCCAAAGGGUGAAAAUCACCUCUGUGAUGGGGGAGCAGCCAGCUCAGGGCAGGGCAUGAGUGUCCCCAAGGGGACACAGCCCCAGGCUUGGCACUGGAGUCAGACAGGUUCCUGGGUCUGAGACCUCCUGCUUUGGGUUUCAUGGGUUCAGCUGGAGGAGUCCUGGGCCACGGUUAUUUUGGGUAGCAGAAUACAUUUGCAAACUGUAUGGUCUUUUUCAGAAAGCCCAGUGGUCACAGGGAAAAGCUACCCCCCAGCCAAGGUGACCACAAACACAGCAGGAUUUAAAUCAGUGAUAACCUUUAUGAAGUCAGGUGAGUUUAAACUGAUAAGUUUGUAAGGGUUAUCACUGGAAAAAAUGACAAAUAAAGAAAGUACAAGUCCCACCUGAUUUCUCCAAAACAGAAGCUUUUUUAUUAAUAAUAAUAAUAUUAAAUAUAGAUCUCAUUCAUACAGUGUAUGAGUAGGAUCAUCAUUUAGACAUUUGUCCACAAGGACCAAUUUUUUAAAAAACCUGAUUUUUCUUGUGUUAUAUCCAGAUAGUCUAGUAACGUCUGCUCUUUUCCAAUAUUUGAUAAAUGCUUGAUGUUUUAAGCUUAAAUAUUAGAUGCUUGUAUACUAACGUGUUGUUGUAGUAAAGUGAAAUUUCCUUGAUAUAUAUUUAUUAAAAUGACCAAAAUUCA